AUGGCCUUCGACGAGCCAUCUGCUCAGCUGCACCAGGAGCUACGGUCCGCCGUCCAGCGGGCACUCUCACUGCGACGGCCGGUACUGCGUGAGUAUGGCGCCACGAGCUUGUAGUGGUUGGACGCGUUGGAGCGUGAUUGCUAAUGCUCUCCAAGAUCACUUGAAUGCGGAUUCGUCCUGGCUGCUCCAGAUCCCUCGUCCCGAGACCGCCAUCAAGCGAGGCGCGCGAUUCUACUACAACAUCCUCCUCGAUCCGUGGCUGUCGGGCCCGCAGACUGAUCUGGCAAACUGGUUCUCGCAGCAAGUACAUGCCACUCCGAGCGCCGUCCAAUCCAUCGCAGAGCUUGAAGAGCUGGUCCGAGAAGUCGAGAUACUCGCGUCGGGACUACGAUCAAGCAAGAGCAGAAUCUCAAAUGCCGACGUCGAGGCAUCGAUUAGCGAAGAGGAGACUUUGAUCGAUGCAGUGGCAAUUAGCCAUGAAUUCUCAGAUCACUGUCACAGGGACACAUUGUUGCAGCUUCAUCCGGAUGUCUCCAUUUUCGCGAUCAAGGAAGCUGCCAAGUCAAUAAAAAGCUGGGACCAUUUUCGGACCGUGGUGGUCAUCAACAACUUCGGUGUGGAUGGCGACACAGAUUGGCGCUCGACGUCUCUACCCCCGUUACCAGAAUGGAUCGGAAUCAGCCGCUUGCUGCAAACGGACGGUGUGCUCAAUUUUCACAGUGCUCUGUUGAUCACGUUCAACAACCGACAUGGAAAUGCUAUGUCGAAGCUAAAGGCAAUGAAUCGGCACACUGCCAAUGCCGUGAGGGAAAGACAUCACAGUACAAUCGAAGCAAACGAGGAUGAUGAGACCGCGGAAGCGGUCAUUUACACACCACAUGGCAUAUUUAGCGGCGAUUUGGACCUCGUGCCAAAGGCGCAGCCUCCGAUCUCUACGCUGGCCUUCCUUCAUGGCCUGCAUAAUGUGCGCAUCGGUACUGCGAGAGGUAGAACAGCAUUGCAAACGAAUCUUGGAGCGCACAAUGGCCUCAAAGCGCAGAGGAUACUGAAUGCGUCUUACUGGAUUGGUACGCAUGAUGAGGUGAAGAAAGGGGUCGGGAUCAUCGCCAGAUUCUUGCAGCGCGACGAAAUCACCUUGAAAGAUGCACUUGAGCAUGAACGCCGAUCACAACAGGAUGGCGGAACUCGUAAGGCGAAUGGUGAUUGGAGCGCAAUGCUGGACUCGUUCGAAGAUACCAAUUGGAUCGAUUUGCGGAAUGGAGAGAGCAGGAUACUGAUGUGA